AUGAAGGGGUCUCUUUGUCACCACUUGUUAUCCAUAAAUGAGAACAUAACUACGUCAUGUAACUCAUUUAUGACGUGCUUGCUUUUGUUGGUUGCAUCAGAACCAAUCAGCCAAAUGCUUCCCCUUAUCCAGAACAUUGAUCGUCCAAAUGAUACCGUAACAAUAUGCACUACUCGAGUGGAUGGUCCAUUGGUCACUGGUUAUCCGAGUUUAACUGGCCAACAAGCAACACAGUUACAUCAAAAUGAAGCUUACUAUAGUGAAAUGGCUGCAUUCGUAACAGUUGGACGUAAAAAUGUCAAAAUUACAGAUUUAUAA